CAUUUCUCCAUAUAGGAUUCUCUCUUUGCUCGGCAUCUUCAUUUCGUCUUCUACAUUUAUUCGCUUAGAAGCAAAAUGGACAGGAGGCUAGACGGGAGACUCCGACGGGAACGGUGGGCUGCGUUUCGACGGGAACAAAGAUGCGGAGAAGAUGAGCAAACACCGAAGGAAGACGAGUUUCGGGUGCAAACAAGGGUAUCAGGCGAGUUUUCACGUAGAGGAAACAAAGUGGUAUUUAAGAAAAUCAAAGAGCUUUUUAGUGCGAUGGCCGAAGGAGCAAUUAUUAACCACGUCCGCGACGGAAAACAUUAUCCCGGGAAGAUAACGAUCCACGUCUUCCUCACUUGCCUCAUGGCAGCCACCGGCGGCCUCCUUUUCGGCUACGACGUCGGCAUAUCAGGUGGGGUGACAUCGAUGGAUUCAUUUCUGAUAAAAUUUUUCCCGACGGUGUACCGUAAGGAGAAGGGGGAGACGAGCACAAAUCAAUACUGCAAGUUUGACUCCCAGGUUCUGACCAUGUUCACAUCAUCUCUGUAUCUAGCGGCGCUCAUCGCUUCUUUCUUCGCAUCGGGGAUUACUCGAGUAUUCGGCCGGAAGUGGUCCAUGUUCACCGGCGGCACCAUUUUUCUCGUCGGCGCCGCACUCAACGGCGCUGCGAUGAACGUUGCUAUGCUUAUCAUCGGUCGCAUUCUGCUCGGCGUCGGCGUCGGUUUCACGGCGCAGUCUGCGAUAAUUUACCUUGUUGAAAUGGCACCGGCGAGCCUCCGUGGCAUGCUAAACAUCGGCUUCCAGCUCAUGAUCACAAUCGGCAUCCUCGCCGCAAACCUCAUCAACUACCAGACCGCCAAGAUCAAAGGCGGUUGGGGCUGGCGCGUCAGCCUCGCCCUCGCCGCGGUCCCCGCCGCCGUCUUCACCGCCGGCUCCCUCUUCCUCCCCGAUACCCCGAACUCUCUCAUCGAGCGCGGCCACGAAGACCAAGCCCGAUCCAUACUCCGCCGAAUCCGUGGCACCGACGACAUACAAAAGGAGUUCGCCGACAUAAAGGCAGCCGGUGAGGAGUCGAAGGCUGUGAAAAAUCCAUGGCGAAGCAUCGCCCAGCGCCGCUACCGUCCGCAGCUCACGAUGGCCGUCUUAAUCCCGUUUUUCCAGCAACUGACCGGCAUUAAUGUGAUCAUGUUUUACGCUCCCGUUUUGUUCAAAACCAUCGGAUUCGGAAGCAACGCGGCGCUCAUGUCCGCCGUCAUCACCGGCUUGGUGAACGUUUUGGCGACGUUUGUAUCGAGCUUCACUGUUGAUCGCGUUGGGCGGCGGGCGCUUUUGCUCCAGAUGCUCGCUUGCCAGAUUACCGUCGGCACGCUGAUCGCCGUCAUGUUCGGGAUUUCCGGUGCCGGUGACAUCUCCCGCGCUUACGCCUUCACCGUAGUGGUCUUCAUCUGCAUCUAUGUAGCCGGGUUCGCCUGGUCUUGGGGGCCGGUUGGGUUGCUAGUGGUCUCCGAGAGUUUCCCACUGGUGAUUCGAUCGGCAGGCCUCAGCAUUACAGUUUCCGUAAGCAUGAUUUUCACCUUCGCCAUCGCACAGGCUUUCCUUGCUCUUCUUUGCAGUCUGAAGUUCGCGCUGUUCUACUUUUUUGGAGGAUGGGUGUUGAUCAUGACUGGCUUUGUCGUCUUCUUCCUGCCGGAGACGAAGGGGGUUCCGAUUGAGGAAAUGGCGGUGGUUUGGAAGGCGCAUUGGUUUUGGGGGCGGUUUAUUUCGGAUGAAGAUGCUCAUUUGGGUGGUACUGGUGAAAUAGGUGACGGCAAGAAGGCCGUUGCGCUAACACUUCGACUGUAAUCGCCAUUUAAACUUGCCAUAGCUCCUGCAUUCUAUGGGCCUAUGGCUCUGGGCUUGCGAGCGGGGCAAAGCAAUCUGAUGUGCCAGCCGUUUCAGAUAAGUGUAAAUUACUAAAUUUUGAGGUGGUAAACAGAUUUAGGAUUCUGAUAUGCUUGAAAUAAGAUUUAGGAUUUUUGAUAUGCUUGAAAUAAGAUUCUGAAUUCAUUAGUAUUUACAAA